GAAACACGUGUGCGGGUGCCAUGGGUUUGGUACAGUCCCUGGACUGCUUCCGAUCCUUGGGCUGCUUCCUUUCCUCCCAGCUUCAUCAGCUCCUGGGCAAGCUGACGCCCAUCCUGGGCAACAGCGCACCUGCAAAAUGUCCCACUGCGGAGCCAGUGACGGCCUUGCCACUGUUCAACGGGCAGAUGGUUCUGUACGCCUAUGCCAACGGAGACGUGGUGGGAAUCGAUGCUGACCGCAGGGUGCUCUUGCGGGAGAGCAUUCCCAAGGAGGUCUUCCAGCCUUGCGGCCACGCGCCCCGCGUGUCGCGCUUCGCCCGCGCCACGGACGUGGCGCGCUUCGCGGCGCAGCACCUGGAGGCGUUGCCGCCGCGGCCGGCGGUGCUGGGGCGCUGGGCCACGGAACACUGGGCGGCGCUGCAGAAGUGGGACUUCGACUUCUUCGAAAGGACUUGUGGGAACAUCAAAGUGGAGGUGACCUUACCCAAAGGUCAGCGCGAAGUUCAGCCGCUGGCGCGCUACCUGCAGUGCUUGCGCCGGAAGAAGCCUGGUGAUCAGUUGCCGUACUUGCGAGGUUGGUACUACGAAAGGGAUGCCCCCUGGUUGGCGGACGACAUCUGGCAAGCGGGGGAUUUUCACGAGGUUUUUAAGGACUCCUUCAAGCGAUUUCCAACGCGCUAUCAUCCCGAUUUCCACUGGCUCUUCAUUGGCGGCGCCGGUGCUGUUACUCCACUGCACAUCGAUCCCACCACGACGCACGCGUGGCUCACACAGAUCUCGGGGCGAAAGCGCUUCACGCUUUGGGCGCCCAGCGAUAUUCCGGAACUGCUGAGUGAAGAUCAGAACCGCAUCUUCCGGCCCCUGCCGGAGUUCCGGGCCUCGGCUCCCGUGGGCUGCCGUGCGGUGGAUGUGAUCCUGGAGCCGGGCGAGACGAUCUUCGUGCCGGCGCACUGGCCGCAUGAGGUGGAAUGCCUGGACGAUAGUAUCUCAGUGACCUGGAAUUUCUUGGGCAAAACCUACUUCCCUCUGGUGCGCGCAGCUUACCUGGCCAACUCGGUGGCCACCCGUCAAGCUUGCAAAGCCUUGGUCGCAGGGACAGCCAUGGCAGGCAGCCUGGCUUUCUUGGCACCUGGGACUGCCCCUGGCUCUUCAGUGGCUCGAACUUCGAGCAGCGGAAACAGCGCGAACACCAAGGCCACGAAGGUUGGUGGCAGCGCCCCGGUGGUCCUGGCUGCCGCCAUGGGCGCCUCUGCAGUUGGCGCCGCGCGACGCCAGCGCGCUAAGACCUCCAAACCCAGGACCGCCACUCGAGUCGUGGAUGAGUUUGAGGAUGUGUGCGAGCAGACCGGGGUGACCCUCAGCCGUUACUGCAUCGAGCUGGCGAACCGCGGGAAGAUCGAUGAGGAUCUGAACUCCAUCUUCAACUCCAUCCGUGAGGCGGCCAAAGUCAUUGCCAAGUUGGUGAACACUGCACCACUGCAACAGGCGGAGCUUUUGGGACUUCAAGGCGAGAUCAACGUGCAGGGCGAAGAUCAAAAGAAGUUGGAUGUCAUCACAAACGACGUCUUCAAGAAUGCCCUGCGAUACACAGGCAAGUUGGGCACCCUGGCAUCAGAGGAGGAAGACGAGCCGGUGGAUGGAUCUGUGGGCGGCAGCGAAGCCAUCCCUUUGCUCUCCGAUGAGUUUGCGGACACCGGAAAAUACAUCUGCGUCUUCGACCCUUUGGAUGGCAGCAGCAACGUGGAUGCUGGCAUUCCAGUGGGCACCAUCUUCGGAGUUUUUGAGGAGCCAAGCCCAGCAGAGUGCGAGCUGCCCGCGGAUCUCUCCAAAGGUCUCUCCGAGGAGCAGCAAAGGUGUUUGGCUGGCACCCUGCAGCCUGGCAAGUCCCUGGUGGCCGCGGGCUACGUGUUGUACUCCGCCUCCACCGAGUUGGUGCUGACCUUCGGUCAGGGCGUGGUGGGCUUCACGCUGGACACCAGCAUUGGCGAGUUCGUGAUGACCCGACCCUCGAUUCAGAUUCCGCCCAGGGGCAAGAUCUACUCUGCCAACACCGGCAACAUCGGAGAAUGGGACCAGCCCAUGCGCGAGUACAUCCAGACUAUCCGAGCUGGAAAAGGCGAGACUGACACGCCCUACUCCUUGCGUUACAUCGGUUCCAUGGUCGGAGACAUCCACCGAACCCUUCUUUACGGUGGCAUUUUUGCGUACCCUGCGGACAACAAAAAUCAGGACGGCAAGCUGCGACUGCUCUACGAGGGCGCCCCUAUGUCCUUCAUCAUGGAGCAGGCUGGUGGCAAGGCAAUUACGGGACACAGCCGGGUUCUGGACAUUCCCCCUGUCGGGGUUCACCAGCGCGUGCCGGUGAUUUUGGGAUCUGCAGAGGAUGUCGAAGAGUGCAAGAAGUUCUUCGACGAGAGCAACGAUCCAGCUUUGAAGGAGCGAUGCGAGAAACGCUUGCAGGGCCUCGCUGCAUGA